CCACAUCGGUUUCCACUUCAACACAUCGGUAGUCAUCACAGCCACGGCCAUCCACACGGAGGUCUUCCUGAACGCCAUGCAUGAUGUACACCUUCUCCGCCUCGCUCAGCGCCACCGACGCCAUGCCGCCUCGCCGCCCGCGCGCCGCACGUCAUCCGCCCGCCUCGCCCCCGCGCCGACCGCGCCCCCCCCGCGCCCGUGCGUCAUCAACCCGCGCGGCGGCCGCUCCUGCAGCCGCCGCCGCCGCCACUCUCGGGAGCUCGAUGGGCUUCUCCUGCGCGCCGCCCCGUGUCUGCCCGAGUGCAGGGAGCCGAGGCGCCUCGUGCCGGGGAGCCAUCGCUGCAGCCCGAGGCCGGGUCCCGGGUCGGGGUCUGCAGGGGGAGGCGACGGCGGCGGCAGCCCCACCGGGGGUCUGGGACUGGGAAACUGCCUCCGGCUUCACGGGGGCAGUGCCCAAAGGAAAUGCCACUAAAGAGUUCAUCGAGAGUUUACAGCUGAAGCCCGGACAGGUGGUGUACAAGUGUCCCAAGUGCUGCAGCAUCAAGCCCGACCGUGCCCAUCACUGCAGUGUUUGUAAGCGGUGCAUUCGGAAGAUGGACCACCACUGUCCCUGGGUCAAUAACUGUGUUGGCGAGAACAACCAGAAGUACUUCGUCCUGUUUACAAUGUACAUAGCUCUCAUUUCCUUGCACGCGCUCAUCAUGGUGGGAUUCCACUUCCUGCAUUGCUUUGAAGAAGACUGGACAAAUCUCCUGCAAGCCUAUGGACUGACCAGGGAAGAAACAGCAGAAGCCCGAAUCUCUCUUCAUGAAAAAAAGCAGCCCCUUAAAGUCAGUUCCACAGAGUGCAGCUCCUUCUCGCCACCCACCACCGUGAUCCUCCUCAUCCUGCUGUGCUUUGAGGGGCUACUCUUCCUCAUUUUCACGUCGGUGAUGUUUGGGACCCAAGUGCACUCCAUCUGCACAGAUGAGACGGGCAUUGAGCGCCUCAAACGGAAGCACCAGCCCAGGCAGCACACAGGCAGCUGGGAGUCGGUAAAGCAGACCUUUGGCGGGGACUUCUCCCUGAACUGGUUCAACCCCUUCUCCGGACCGUGUCACCCAGAGCCUCUGCGUGACAGGGACUGGGUGCGGCAGGUGGCAUCGCUGUCAGACACCGACAACACGGAGACGACGACGGAGGAGCAGUCAGAGGAGGGGAAGUACAAGGACUCUGUGGAGGUGAUAGAUGAGUAAUGCUGCUGUGGGAGAGGGAUGGACACUAAAAAGUCACUGUCAAUCUGUACACUGGCCUGUGGCUACGGGGUUCGUGGGCGCGACGCGCUCCCCUGCACGCGCUACUUCCCUCAGGCCGCUCACUUGGCGUUGCUGUCCUUUGUAACCCACUCCCACUCCCCGUGUUGAGCCAGGUCUCGGGGUGGGGCCUGAACUAGGGUGACACAAGGUUCGAGGGACUUUUUCUGAGUUCGUCUAAGAGGAGUCCGCCAGGAGAGGGAGUGUCAGGAACCAUUCUCCAGACUGGAUGUCCUUCGAGUUUGCGCAGCGUCCCCCAGCAAAGGAAGCUCUGAACAGGGCAGCCCGGGGACAGAAAAGAACUUGCCUUUGGCUUUUCUUGGGAUGUCUGUCUUCUCUUGGGAAGGUUGGGGCCCUGGCUCCUGGCUUUUGAGAACUAAGGCCAUGACCUUAUGAUGGAAGGACACAGCAGGGCUGGCCUUAGGGACCUGAGGUGGGACACUGACAUCAGGAGAGAUCAGCCGGGAAAGGGGCCCCCUGCUGCCUGCCUGAAUUCGGAGAAAGGCCUGGCUGCCGCAACUACCUUUAAGGGUCAGCUGUGGUUUGAGAGAGGACCCCAACACUAGGCUACAGACACACACGUGCGGGACGUGUCCAGGUUGGAAACAAGCCUGAGUUAUGACAGCUGCGCCAAAACUUAGCUCCCGGUCCGUAGACUUUAGUCCUCAUAGAGUCAGCUGGGCGCUGUCCUGCCUUGUGGCUACAAAUCUGUCCAUUCCCAGGUGGGAGUUGGGGGAGGACCUGUUUAGAGCUCCUGGGGACUCAGACCUCCCCCACAAGAACAGAAUUUAACUCUCCCUCCUGGAGGGAGUCUAACAACCACAUGGGCAGAACUGACCAGAAACCGGCCGAUGUGUUUAAGGCCAGUUCUCCCAAGGUAGUGCCCAUCUUGUCUCUGAAAGGAUGGGUGGUGGCCAGGGCCUGUAGAUUGAUGAACCAAGAAGACAGACAAACAGACACACACAUACCCCGCACACUCUACCAAGAUGAGCCUGGACCCUGGUCACCCCAUUUGAAGCCUGAAGGCCUGAGCAGGGUUCUUGGGCUCCAAAACCCCAUUCCAGCGGUUCCUGAAGCAGCAUCUUCUGCACAAAGUCCAACAGAAGGAUUGGUGUCCCACUUAGGUAUAAGAAUGGAUUCCCCACCCCCCACUGCCAGCAGAGGCCUUUGUUCUUCUCUUUGGCCCAUUGCCCUGGAAUUGGCUGGCACCAAUAUUGGUGGCUCAGGCACUAAGGCAGAGCCUGCCCACGCAAGGUCUCUUUUCAGGGCCCCUCUUCCAGCUCGAGGCAGAGCGUGAGUCCUGGUCCAGGGGGGCCUGUCGUCCCAAUUAAAUGGGGAAGAAGGUCAGUAUUUGGAGGUGCCACCUAGGACACUUAGGAAGGCUGUGGUGACCGUGAGAAAGAAAGGAGGGCCAGGCAGUGACCUAGUCCUUGGACAGCAUCCUUGGGCAUUCCAUGAAGGGCAGUGGUUCUGUCAGACCCCCUGCCUAAAUUGAUGACCACCAGGCUCUGGGGUUAAUUGCUCAGAGGGGCAGGUGUUCACAGAGCCAUCUCUGUUCUAACCCCUGCUCAGAGCUCUCUGAUGAUGUCCCAUGAGAGGGCUGGUGGCAGGCGUCGCGUUGACAGAGCAACCAGAAAGGCUCGGGCCUUCCACAGCCAGGCCGUGGGCCAAUCUUCUUGGUCCAUAUCAGCUUUCCUAUUUAUUAAUAGUUAACAAUGAUGCCCAUUAACUCGAAGUCUGGGCAGGGCGUUGCUGCUCACCCCUUUGGGAGAGAGCUGUCCUCUGACCGUGGAGGCCUGCUCUUUGUUGUCCUGACCCAGAAGGCAGCCCUGGGGUGCCAGCAGGGCGGACUAUAUACCCAAGAGACUCCAGGCAGUGCCGCCUGAGUCCCUGAGGGGGCCGCAGUCAGAGGGUCAGUUAAGGGGAGACAGUUCUCUGGUCACUGUUGGCUGACGACAUCAGUCUGCCAAGUUCAGGCCCGAGGUCAGAGGUGUGUGCUUGAGAAACGUCCUUGCACAGUGGGAUUGAAACUGCUCUUCCUUGGGGUGUCUUGGUCUGAAAGCAGAGGUCCCCAUGAGCCCUGAAGCCUGUUCUGUUUUCAGAUUGGUUGGUGGGAAGGCGUUUUACCCGCACAGAGUCAGACCUGGCCCGUGCCUCCUUGCUGAGCCCAUCUCCGUGCUAGACCUCAGACACCUCAGACCCUGUCCUGGGAGGGGCUGCACUGGGCCCUAGCCAGGGCUGCGUGGGUGAUGACCUGUCCAACCCCCACACCAGUGACACAGUGGCCUUCCCUCUGCGGUGGCUGGUGACAGCAUAACAUUCUGCUUAGCCUCAAACUGACAAGACGAGGGCCAACAGGGAGGGAGGCUGGGCGCAAACUUCUGCCUCUUUCUCUGAAUAAAAAGCUCUUUGCUCGA